GUUUCAGGCACAUUAGUCUGAUAAGCAGAGUCCACAGCCCUCAGGGUUUUGGCCCAGGAGGCAGAGGUCAGACCUGGGCAGGUGGGAGAUUGUGCAAGAAUUGUUCCUUCCCUUCCUCAUUCUUGUCCCUGUCACAUCAGCUGCCACCCCUUAGCUUGGGUCUUAAAAGGCUGGCAGCCCCAGAGUCCCACAGUAGCCCUUCUCUCAAGGUCAGGAAGAUGAACCGGCUCUGCCUCUCUGUGGCUUUCCUGGUCCUCCUGGGCACCCUGGGGGUGAGCGCCCUCGAGGUCACCAACCACAAGAGCAAGACCAAUGUCCCUUCCCAAGCCUCACACCCUUCGUACUGCCUUGCACCUCCCCCCAUCCAUAUGCAGACCAGGUAUUACUACAACCCCAGCGCCAAGCUCUGCCUGCCUUUUACGUACUGCCAGUCUGCAGAGUAUAAGAACAACUUCCUGACGAAGGACGAAUGCGUCAAGACCUGCGCUGAUGUAUAACCAGGACUCUGAGCCCGGGGGAACCUGGCACCUGGGCUGCCCUGAGAUUCUGAUGUCUGAGGAGACCCACUCAGGGCUGGCUGCGGUGCCCUCUGAAUCAGCUCAGCCCCUUCCUGCUUCCUUCACCCCCGUCCUUUUCAGCAUAGCCCUGCCUCCCUCCUCGCCCCAUGGUUUCAUUUGUGUUAGCGCUAUCUCAUUCAAUAAACUCUGAGCACAUG